CGGAAAGGCGCAGGUUCUGUAUUCUCUCAGUAUCUUAAUCUAUAACUGUCAUAUCACAAUGGAUAGCCUUUCCAACACCGCCACAAGCUCCACCAGCUUUUCGUCCCUCGGCUCGGGGGGCUCGACCGCUUCUUUCAGCUCCACGCCGAGACGGGCAGUCCGCGCUGGAGACAUUGGCUUUCUGGCAAAGGAGGCAGUCCAGCAGGGCGUGGACAAGCGGCACCACAUCAAGACCCAUGGUGAUAUUGGCGUAGGACUUGCCGCCCUCAACGCGCAGAAAGUGAAUAAGUUCACCCAGCUGCCCGGUUUAACCUUCAAUGAGAAAAGCUUCACCUCCUACAUGUCGACCGCCUCGGCCAUGCGGCACACCAUGCAGCAGCAGACGCCCAUGCUGCGCGGCAGCUCGCCGCGCAAGGCGGCGGGACACUACUGAGCCUAGGCCCAGCAAUGCGGCAGCCAAGGAAAUAUCCCCGCCUCACCUCUGGAUUGCCACCGCUCAGUUGGCUUCCCGCCAAACGGGGCUGCUCAUGACCACGAAAUUGGGUGCACCACGAUGGUGCGCGCCCUAGGCGCUGCCGGCUCCAUGCAGCCGCAGGGACGGCAUCGGCUAGACAGGUAUUAGGUAUACUUGUAUGCACGUAGCCUGGUAGCGUGCAGUGAAGCCGUAUCAAGAUUAGCACGCAGGUAGGUACACCCAAGCGGUGCUGCAGGGCACAGGAACCCGAGGAUCGUCUAGCGUACUUGCAUAUGGAAGGCCGGUUGGCCGCCAGGCUGGUUUAUUUUAGGUUUCACUUCAUCCAUUGUCUUGUCACCCACAUCCGGGGUUCGUCCUUGAAGCCGGAAUGGCUCCAGGCAUUCCCUAACGGCGCGCGGCGUGCUGCAACAAGCAUGUCGGCGUCACUGCCGACCAUUCACUUGCACUGGCACAGUUAGGUUUGGUGCGGCAGCUCUGUAGGCAGGACGCAGCCCGCAUCGGGUACGGGCACCACACCACCCGUGCAUGGAGCCCAUAGUUGUUUAGACUCUAGAUACAUGUGUGGUUUGUUUGGAGACAGCACUUCUAUGAUUUGGUAUUGACAGAGAUUUCUGUAUUCAUGCAGUAUUAUCUGGUGCGGUUGGGUGGGUAGCGAGUCCUCACUAAGAACUGUCGCCGUGUAGACAAGGCAGAGGUGUCAGGUUGUUUCUGCGAUGAUAUUUGUUAAGGUGAGCUAGGCGUAGGCGCAGUCUGUUGCGACAGCCCCGAGGUAGUUACGUAGAGGUUGGCGUACUCGUCACCGCAUGCAUUGAGGAUGGCGCACCAUGGCUAGCCGCAUUGCGCAGGCGGCAAGGUGGCGGUGUUGUUGAAUGAUGUGGGCGGGGCUACUGGAGGAGCGGUUCCCGGGCGCACAUCAUGCCGUUAUGUGCGGAGCUGUCAGACCUGCGGUUUUGUUCAGCGCUUGCCCUCUCACACCGUGCCGCUUUUUGUUUGUACUAGGCAUAUGCCAUAUGCAUUGUUGCUUUGUGUGGGAACACCGGCGAGUGUGAGAGAGCCUCGGAUGCCCCUGGUCGGCUGGACAGUGGCAGUCUGCUGGCGAGCAGGGCUGUGGAGGUUGGCACCCAGGGGCAGGCGUGUGUUGUUGAAGGAAGGUAGGCCCGACGUCGCAGCCAUGCGAAAUGUCAGAACGUGCGUGCGUGUGCGUGCUGAUCUGCCCCCGGCGAUGGCGUGCUUUUGUGUGUUAAUUUGGAUCGUUGCUGCGAUGCGUGGGCAUGAGCAUACGCUGCAUGCGGCCGACGGGCUGGAAGUUGCCACGUUUUCACUGGACCGGCACGCCUGGACGCAAGGGGCCGGGCCUGGAUGCUGGGUUAGUGGACUGCGUCACAGGCUGCUAGCUUGUGUAACAACUCGGUUGA